UGUUGUUUGUGUAUAUUUAUUGAUUAUUUUCUUUGUUGUGUUUGCAGGCACAGCUUUGUCGUUGUGACAUUUUGAUAAACACUAAUUUUAGAUAAACGAUUAUUUCGCAGUGUUGCGUAUAGCAAUAUUUUGUAAAUAAAUAUGAAUAGUGGCGACUUAGAGUCUUGCUUUUCUACAAUUAUUCCUAGAGUUGAGUUUCUCAAUGUACAAGAUCAAUAUUCCUAUAAUGACGACCUAAUUUGUAAAUAUUACCUAACAGACUAUGAGGUGCAAGAAGGAGAUAGAGUUGCUAUAUUUAGACUGGGGUGGCAGUACAUAAAAGAUUAUAUUUUGUUUGAGUGGGCCCCCAAAGACAGCGAGGCCAAUCUCGUAGUAUUUAACAAACCAUGCCUUCCAAAGAACACCUCCGAAAUUUAUCAGUUUUGUUUCAUAUCCGGGGAAAAUAACGUGCUCGGCGCCAGCGAACCCUUCCAAUUCUCCGAAAAAACCAAAAAUUACCAAUCGCUGUUCAGAUCGUCCGUACUCAAGCUAGACAGUUCGAUGCAGGACGAUUACAAAUCUUUAAGCAACGCCUCGCCAUCCUCCCUCAAUAAUAUACCCGACGUGAUCGAGCGCGAUCGCGAGAUGCUUCGAUUGAGGGAGGAGAACGAAUUUUUACGAAACACACUCAAAAUUUUAAUCUCGAAACAGAACCCGAAGAAGUACGACAGCGACAUUGAGGAUUUAAAGAAGCUGACGGCCGAUUUACAAUUGACCGUCGUUAAUCAGCAGAAUCAGCUUAAAGAUUUACAGUUGCACGUUGCGAAGUGCAACAGCAAUUACAAAAGUUUCCGAAUCGAAGAGGAUAAUUUAGAAAGCGCCUGUGAUAACUUAAAGAAACGAUUCGAUCGCACAUUAAAUAUAAGUACAGACGACGAAUUCGGUGAGUUAGAAUCCCUCCCGCCGUUCCCCUUUGCCAAGUAAAGGUUUGUUAAUUUUUUCAUUUUUUUUAAAUCGUAGACUUUUAUUUAUUUAUGUGAUAUUUGUAAUAGUUUUAUGGAAGCGACACUUUUAUUUGUAAGGGUUUCAGUGUAUAUACUUUGAUUUAAAUUAUGUACAAAGUUAUAAGUAAAUAAAUCAUUGAUGUAGGAUGUGCUAACAUAA